GGUAUCACCGCAAGAUUUCUUGCGAACAACAAUUUCUAAAAUUGUUAUUUAAAAGGCUGAGGCCUCCGCAAACAGUUAAUUUAAAUUGCGACUUGCAAAAGAACUUGUUGACUUGCUCUUUAGUGUAAGAUCAGGCUAUAGUAAAGUGUUACAGUGGUGAAAUCAGUGAUUACUCUGCAUUUAUUGCGACGCAGUUCCGAGUGACUCCAUACAAUGCGCACAGCUGUGGUACUUCCCCUUCUGGCUCUGCUGGCAGUUGCCCAGGCCGUUUCCUUCGCCGACGUGGUCAAGGAGGAGUGGCAUACAUUCAAGCUGGAGCACCGCAAGAACUAUAACGAUGAUACCGAGGAGCGUUUCCGUUUCAAGAUCUUCAACGAGAACAAGCACAAGAUUGCCAAGCACAACCAGAAUUGGGCAUCCGGCAAGGUGAGCUUCAAGCUGGCUGUGAACAAGUAUGCCGAUAUGCUGCACCACGAGUUCCGUCAGGUGAUGAACGGCUUUAAUUACACCCUGCACAAGGAGCUGCGCGCCGCCGAUGAGAGCUUUGCCGGCGUCACCUUCAUCUCGCCGGCUCAUGUUACCCUGCCCAAGUCUGUGGACUGGCGCACCAAGGGAGCUGUUACCGAGGUUAAGGAUCAGGGUCACUGCGGCAGCUGCUGGUCCUUCUCCAGCACUGGAGCUCUGGAGGGACAGCAUUACCGCAAGACCGGCGUUCUGGUCUCGCUGUCCGAACAGAACCUGGUCGACUGUUCCACCAAGUAUGGCAACAAUGGAUGCAACGGUGGUCUCAUGGACAACGCCUUCCGCUACAUCAAGGACAAUGGAGGCAUCGACACCGAAAAGUCGUAUCCCUAUGAGGCCAUCGAUGAUUCGUGCCACUUCAACAAGGCGACGAUUGGAGCCACCGAUCGUGGAUUUGUCGAUGUGCCCCAGAAGAAUGAGAAGAAGCUGGCCGAGGCUCUGGCCACUAUUGGUCCCGUUUCCGUUGCCAUUGAUGCCUCCCACGAGUCCUUCCAGUUCUACUCGGAGGGUGUCUACGACGAGCCUUCCUGCGAUGAUGAGAACCUGGAUCACGGUGUCCUCGCGGUGGGCUUUGGCACCGAUGAGUCCGGCGUGGACUACUGGCUGGUGAAGAACUCUUGGGGCACCACCUGGGGCGACAAGGGCUUCAUCAAGAUGGCGCGUAACAAGAAGAACCAGUGCGGCAUCGCCACCGCCGCCAGUUAUCCCCUGGUCUAAGGUCCAGAACUGAUUUAUUUACUAGCCACUGUCCCCUCAUAUUAUAAAAAAAACGGAGAGAAAAACAAGAAAUACCCAACGCAAGCAUCUUAAAUGAACUUUAAUUAAC